GUGAGCGCUCACACACUGAGAGCAAGUGAUGGGAGACAAACUCUGUCUCUGACGCGCGUGUCGCUCACCUGCGCUAUUUCCACUGCCUGCUUUGUUUUGUUCUAUUUAUUUCUCUCUUUUUUGUUUCUAUCAAGAAUAAACUAAAUAUAUAUCCAUCACAUUCUCCAAGCAGACCUGGGGUUGAAGCAGGAGGUGAACGGCCAGUAUCAGUUUGUAUUGGCUGAAACUUGUGUUUUGGGAAAUUGCGCACCGGGUGUCCAGGAUCUGAGUCAUGGCAGAGGAGUGAGGCGCCUUUGCCAAAAUGCCUGUUGACUGGAAUAUAACUUUUUCACGGCGGCCCUAUGGAAUAUAGUCCGAUUCUACACAAUCUACAUGUUGUGCCAUCAUCCCACGUGAAAAACAAACUCUUUAUGUUCUGCAUAAUGCUGUCCCUCUGGGUGUACAUGAUAUAUUGUUGUGUCGGCUACUGCUCAACCAUGCCAAACCUGGCGUACGGCUCGGUGAGCAGGCACGACAACGACUCAGAAGUUGACAAUCAGGAGUCCUCUCUCGGGGCGUCCAGGGACUUGCUGAAUAACGAAAACGAUUUGGACAGCAGAGGAGAGGAGUGGGAUGAAAUUAGAGGCGAGGCGAAGGCGUUGGAUGAUAAUGCCAUGUCAGGUUUCCUCAAUGAGUCGGAAAGUAAAAAGUUGCCCCAGGCGAUCAUCAUCGGGGUGAAGAAAGGAGGGACCCGGGCGCUGCUGGAGUUUCUGCGCCUGCAUCCAGACAUCAGAGCGGUGGGAGCGGAGCCGCACUUCUUCGACCGCAACUACGACAAGGGACUGGAGUGGUACAGGGAACUGAUGCCCAAGUCAUCAGAGGGCCAGUUGACCAUGGAGAAGACACCCAGCUACUAUGUCACCAAGGAGGUCCCUGCAAGAAUCUACACCAUGUCUAAAGACACAAAGCUGAUUGUAGUCGUCCGGGAUCCUGUCACCCGGGCCAUCUCAGACUACACCCAGACUCGCUCCAAAAAGCCGGACAUCCCCUCGUUCGAGAACCUGACCUUUAAGAACAUGUCAGCGGGUUUGAUUGACACCACAUGGAGCGCCGUUCAAAUUGGCAUGUAUGCAAAGCACCUUGAGCGCUGGCUCCAGUAUUUCCCGAUGGAGCAGCUGCUGUUCGUCAGCGGAGAGCAUCUGAUUAGCGACCCCGCGGGCGAGAUGGCUCGCGUCCAAGACUUUCUCAGUCUCAGGAGGGUGGUCACGGAGAAGCAUUUCCACUUUAACCCAGCCAAGGGCUUCCCUUGCCUUAAGAGACCUGAGGGGAACAGCAAACCACACUGCCUGGGCAAAACCAAAGGCAGGACCCAUCCUAAUAUUGACCCAGAGGUGGUGCAGAGGCUAAGGGACUUUUAUAAACCCUUUAACAGCAAGUUUUACCAGAUGACUGGUCAUGACUUUGGCUGGGACUGAGGGGGAAGCUAUGACGACAGACUCAUGCUGGUCCCUUGUCUGUGUUUUUUAUAAUCAUAUCACUCUGGAGAUAUUGUUAUACAGUGUAUGUACAGUAUUUGGUGGCUGUGUAAAAAGUUCAGAAGUCUAUUUUAUGAUAAUUUAUUGUUAUGAUAUUAACUCACUAAGCUGCCUAACCAGGAUUAUUCAUAACACUUCAUGUUCCAGAUUCUCAUCGAGUACAUGAGCAUUUUUAUAAAAGCACAAUGUUUUUACGGGUAUUACGAGCAGGGUCAGUAUCCUUUUUUUCCCCAUCAGGAUUUUUUUUUUCUGGGUUCAUACUUGUUGGACUUGUCCAAAUGCUGCUCUUGCUUCACCUAAAGCUGAACAAGAUCCAACUUGACAAACAAUUGGUAAUAUCCCCUUAACAUUUGCCUGACCCUCAGAGGUCUGUGGACCCACUUAGUCAGGUCGAUACAGGCCUCAGCUGAUCCAGUGCCACUUGCCAGGUGGAUCAAUACAGUAAUAGCUCCUCAUCAUGUCAAUUAGACCUGAGUGAUGGCACUGCCUUGAUCCCUGGAGCACCGCAAUAAAACAUGGAUCCAUUAAUGGUAGUAAGUUUAUGGUUGACCCUUGAGCCAACUUCAAAUUAAUAUAAUAAUAUAAAUUUCCACUGCAAUGUUUUGACUUAACCACUAUUUAUACAAAGGAAUGUUGAUUAGGAUCCAGUACAGUGUCCUGACACGAUACUUUUGGAAUGUUUCUAUCCAGAAACCUUCUGCACGGAUUUCACAAUGCCUAAUCAGUUAUUGUUCUUUUCAAAAAGAAAAGAAUCGUAUGGCAUAAUUACAUUCAUUGAUCUCUACUGAAAUGGCUCUCAUAGAUCAUCCUGUACAGCUUUUUUCUUUUUUUUUUUUUAAAUGACAGGUGAUACUUGAUGUGUUAAUGAUGCCCUCACCCAUUAUACAACAACUGAAAUAAGCAUCUUUGUAGUUUACUUUCAGUGACAGCUGAAGAGAAUCAAAAUAAACCUGCCUUGGGCCAAAAUUCCUAAUUUAGAUUUGAUGUAUGGUUGAGUUUUAUUCAACCUUUGUAGACAUAGAGUUGUCAACAUUUUGACAGACAUCAUUCCGUAAUGAUGUACUGCAACCCCGCUGUGGUAGAGGCACUAUUUCGCUGUAUGCAUUGCUUUACAAACAUGGAGAUGAAGCAGGUUUGGCAGAGAACUUGACUGAAAUGGUGCAGUCAUGUCAA